AUCCAUAAUCUCACUGAAUUCCUCCAACAACCCAUUUGACAGGAAACAGGCUCAGAGAAAUCGACUUGGCCAGCUCACACAGGUCCUAGAUCUUGGAGUCCCGUAUUUCCCCACCACUUCGUGCAGCUUCCAAACCCAUGAACAAUGUCAAUACACGGUGGUGAGCCAGAAUGACCAAAGCACAGGCCAGGAGAGGUCAGCUCAGGUGGGUGAGAGGACCGGGAGGUGGGAGUGGGAACAGGAUUGUGUAAACCAAACAUCAAAGGGUGCAGGUUUCCUCCUUCGCUGACUUGUAAGCCUCUGGCAGUCAGCGACUCUAUGCCUAAAGCCAGCCUCCUAGUAGGGUCCCUAUAAAUAUUGGUCGAACAAAUUUUUUUUUCAAUUUUUUAAAAUUCUAAAAUGUUUGAAUACAUAGAAAAAUUUAAGGAGUAAAAUGCACACCCACCUACCCUCCAUCUAGAUUUAACAAUCAGAAAAAAUAAUGUACAUAGCACUUUAUAGCUUGUAAAGCCUCUUAAUGUUACCAUACUGCAAAUGAAGGUCUCAUCGGUCAGCUGAUUCAGACCCAUUACUGCCUCACCUCCACAAGUCAAGGCCGCCCACUGCACCCCACUUUGGGAAGCUUGCUUCCUCUCCCUCCGUUUCCAUCCUGCUCAAGAGGUUGUAGGUUGUCCCAGAACUUGGUUCACCCUCAGAAAGCACAGUUACAAGUAUGUUUCUCAGUGGGAGGUUCAUUGCCUGGAAAUUCACUUUGAACUUGAGUGGUUAGCCUCUCAAAGUCUCAGAUUUCUCUCUUAAAAUUCAAUGUAUUGGAGGGCGAGGGAGAGUUUGGGUCACAAUGGGAUCCAUUAUUUUCAACUCCAGAUUACCACAGAAACUCUUCCAUGAUCUUCCCCAAAGUUUUUUCCAUUCUCUCAAUAACAGAUAUGUAUUAUAUUUAAAUACUAUAAAUGUCCAUUAUCAUGAUGGUUGGAGGACCAGGACUGAUACCCCUUAGAGACUAAGCUAAUUAUAAAAUACUUUUUUAAAACUAUUUUUAUUAUAAAAGUAGUACAUAUAGAUUUUAAAAAUCCCAAAGUGAUGCAAAAAUGAAAUGUAAAAAGUAAAAAAACCCUGAUCACCAGAAACGGAGUAAAGGUUGGGCUGUCAGCUAUGCAUUACUUAGGAAUAAGAGCAGAGAUUGGACCCUUUGUGGCAGCUGCACUGGAUCUAGAUUUAUCAUAUUCUCUCCAAAUAAGGGCACCCAUAUGGUUACAGAGGUACAAGAAAGAGGAAUUCAUCAACACUUCACUUUAAUUGUUAAAUCAAACAUUUAAAAUGCAUCCUGAGGGCUAUAAUCCUAUUUUCACAUUUCUUCAUUUUAAAAAAUCACUGGAACCUGAAAAAAUGGAAGCUUUGUCAGCCUCACUUUACCUAGAAAGGCUUCAGUGUCAUCAAAACACUACCUUUCAAGAAGUCCCUGUGUCAGAAUUGCCCCUGUUGCAAAAAGUGUCGCUGCCAUUGCAAAAUAUCCUGCCGUAGGCUGGAAAGCCCCGUGUCCUACCCUAUUCUGUCAUAAGUGCGUUAGUCUCAGCUUAGAGGAGUUUCCUGGACAGUCAAGAUGGGGUCAGGGACCCCAGGGAUGCAAAGGACCCUGCAUGUUGUUGCUCAAUUUCAUCAUUUCUGUCUCAGCAGUGGGAGGCUGGGAGGCUGCCUGUGAGGCAGCUGCGUUGCCACCUUCUGGAAUCUUGUACCUGUCCUGGUUCCAGAGAGACCCCAGUCAAUACUCUUCUGGCCCAACCUGAGAAUUUCACACAACUGACAUUUGCAUCAUAAAUGUGCAUUGGGGUUCAUCCAAUUUUUAGGGAAGAUGUUGGGUUUGGUGGUUAUUUUCUCAGCAGGACCCAGAGAACUGGAUGUUAGCUACUAAAACAAACCAAAAGCACUGAAUACUCUGUAAAAUAUAAAGCAUGUGGACCAAAUGGACAAGAAAAUAAAUUCAACCAACCAGAACUCAUUGAAGCCUUGAUCUCAGGCUGGUCACACACAGGGCUGCUUGUUCAGCCAGGCAUCAGAAUGUUGUAACUGACCUGUGAGAGUGGUCAGCAUGGCCCAUUUUGAGCCUCACUGGUCAGCUGAAAAAAUGACAGCCAUGGUUAGUGAUAAAGAGUAAAAUAAUAAAUUAUUAUCAUGCAGGGAGACAAUAUUGCAAAGUAGUUAUUAGAGUGAGUUUGAAUCCUGGCUCUGGGCAAGUCACUAAGGCACCAAUCCUGGCUAUAAAUGGGGGCGACGAGUCCUGGUGCUGCAGGGAUUUUAGGAGAUAAUGGAUAUACAGCAAGCUGUGCCUGGCACAGAGCAAGCACGGUUAGAGGGUAACUGUAUUACCAACAAAACAUCUGCAAGCCAAAAGCUUCAUGAGAAAGGCAGAAAGUUUUAGCCAGGAUAUGCAAAUAAUGCCAACUAAGUGAAGGAAAUAUCACCAUGUUGCAACCACCACUGUAGCAGUUAAUUUAGGAAAGGAUCAUCAACAAACGCUAAGACCUGGGAGGGGAAAGACUGUAGGAGAAUGAGACAUUUCCACACACGCAGGUUACGUAUUAAUUACCAAGAAAAAAUGUCCUUUUACAAUGGAGAGAUGUUGAGGAUGCCUCACUGUACCCUCAGUCUAAUAAUGAGGAAACAAUCAUACAAAUCUAAAUUGAGGGACAUUCUGCUUGGAAUGGACAUCAAAAACAUCAAUGUCUUGACAGAAUUAAAAAAAGGCGGGGGAAGUGUGACAGUGUUCUAGAGAGAAGGAGACUAUAGAGACAUGGCAACUAAAAGCAAUGCCUGCUCUCUGAUUGGGCCCUGGAUUGAGAAAAAGAGAAAGCUGUCAAGACAUUAUCAGGACAAUUGGAGAAAUUUGGUUAUGGACUGAUUAUGGUGUUGUAAACAAUGUGAAAUUACCUGAGUGUGAUAAUUGUAUUCUGAUUAUUUAAAAUAAUAUCCUUGUUCUUAGUAUUUAAGGUACCUAGGGUAUUUGGGGUGAUAUUUGAAAACGUUUUAAAUUCAUUACCAAUGGUUCAGAAAGAAAGAAGGUGUGCAUGUGUACCUGAGAGAAUCACCUAAUACUGUAAAAUGUAAAAGGUUGUGAGUCUAUGUAAAGAGUAUAUAAGUGUUCAUUGUACUGCGCUCUCAACUUUUCUGUAGGUUUGAAAUUUUUCAAAAUAAAAAGCUGGGGAUAAAAAUCAGAGUAUGCAGAAAGACAGAAGCAUUUAAUUCAGGAAGGCAGCUCACCCCACAUACAACUUCCAUACAUUCUGAGCCACUUCUGGAACCCCUCAUUUGGCUAUGAGCUCCGAAGGAUACCUAUGUCUUUUUCACCCUUGUUUCUCCAGCAUCCUGGCAUGGUGUCCAGAAUAUAUGUGCUCAGUAAAUGUGCAUGGACAAGCACCCUCCCUCCACGGUAUGCUCCCAGGAAGCUAGGGCAGGGUCACCUCCGGGAACAAACAAAUCAGGAUGGUGGUCCCAGGCAUGGCGUUUUGAGGCCUUCAUGUUGCUGGAAGUACCAGACUACUAAAAUGCAGCAACAGGGGCAACACCAGGGCUUGUCUCCUGGCAGUGCCCUUCUGGCCUCACCUGCAUGCUUGGGCAGGGAAGGGUAAAGCUUGAAGGGCUGUAUUUGCUGCCCCCCAUCCCCCUACCAUUGGCCCUGGAGGGUCAAUAAAACCCCAAGAGUCUGGAGGAGAACAGUUGGCCAGAGAGGCUGAUCCCCAUCAUGGUCCUUUCCAGUGUGAGACCAGGGGCUCUGUUCCUACUCCUCACCCACUGGUAUCCUAGGAAAAGUAGAGAGGGAAGCAUCUGAAUGCCUGCUCAAGGAUCAAGAGUCUGGAAUCCAUUCUCAGACAGUCCCUCACAGAUUUACCCAUUGCUCUGCAGUCCAGCCCGUGGCAGUGAGAGCUGGGAAGGACCACGUGUCUGAUAGGCAUUAAGCCCCCCCAGCUGGAAAAGCUGUAGAAUCUGUAAGAAAGAGAACACAGCCAGUGAUGACACACUCCUGGCCUCAAUUCCCACCAAAACACAGAGCAUUUCCUGUGCCUUUUCCGUUAUUUCACAAGCUGCCUCUUUUCACUCACACCCUCUGGGCUCCAAGGACAGAAGAUUUUUUCUCCUCCUAGAAGCCAGACAGCUGGUUCCAGCUUCUCCUGGUCAACACCAUGGCCAAGACCCCUAGUGACCAUCUGCUGUACUCCCUAGAGGAGCUGGUGCCCUACGACUUCGACAAGUUCAAGUUCAAGCUGCAGAACACCAGCCUGGAGAAGGAGCACUCCCGGAUCCCCCGGGGCCAAAUCCAGACAGCCAAGCCAGUGAAGCUGGCCACUCUGCUGGUCAACCACUACGGGGAGGAGUAUGCUGUGCGACUGACCCUGCAGGUCUUGAGAGCCAUCAACCAAAACCUCCUAGCAGAGGAGCUCCACAGGGUAACUGGCCCAGAAUAUCUGAUACAAGAACACGGCCCAGACAGUUCAGCAAUGUCUUGUUCCUCUGUGGAAAAUAAUCCCAAGAGCCUGAGGAUAUCAGAUGGUCCACAAGGUGAUAGGCAGUGGCAAAGUGGUGACAGGGCAGCCAGCCUGCCAUCUGGCCAACUCGAGGCUGGAAGGGGGCCCCAGAAGAAGCCUCAGGUCAGAUCGAGAGAUCAGAAGGGCUCCGAGGGCCUGGAUGUGCAGGGCAAGCUGGGGGCCAGGAGUGUGACUCCUUCUUCCAGGAGAAGCCCAUUCCCCGGCAAGCUGCAGGAGAAAGGGAUGAAUCCGGGAUCCGGGGUACGCAGGAAUGCCAGCUCUGCAGGAAGGCUCCAAGGAGUCUCCAGUGGGUUAUUUUCUGGGUCCCCAGGAAGGAAGGAAUCCAAGACACCUGAAGUAAAUUUACCUUCAAGAAAGAAGCGACCCAAAAGUCUUGAAUUUACCAUUUCUUCAGGAGAAGGAGAACCCUUCAAUCCAGAAACUCUUCUGCUUCAAGAGAAAAUAAGAAGUGAGAAUCCAGACUCAGGUGCCACCUCCAGUGAAGUGGCCACUCUGGAUAUAGGGGCUACUAUGGCUCUGGAGAAACGCUCCAGGAAUCCAGAACAUUCCAUGAUCCUAGAAUGGGGAGCAUUCAGGAAUACAGUUUCUCAUGUAUCUCUGGCUAGAGAGGAGAGGACUCGGGAGCAUCCAGAAUCCAGAGCACCUUUGGAGAAACAUGGGACUGAGGAUCCAGAGACCCCUGAGACCUUGGGGGAGGUGGUAGGUGGUGUGCUCCAUAAGCCUUCAAAUUCAGAAGUCCCUCUGUCUUCAAGUAAGAAAGGACCCCAGAAUCCAGAAGACCUGGCAUCCUUAGGAAUGGUGACCUAUGCAGGAGAUUUUUCCACUGCCAUGUCACCAAGGAGGCUGCAGGACAAGGCUGUGUGUCCCCUUUGCCGCGCCCAGGAAGGAGACCCAGAUGGUGGCACCUGCGUGCAUGAUUCCUGCAGCUGCUCCAUUGCUUCUAGGAAUCUCAAGGCCUCAGAUGGUCACUCACCCAGCUGCCCCCAGUGCCAGGCCUCACUCCCAGGAAAGAGCUCUGGAGGCCAAGAGCGGCAGGAGGGCCAACAGAUGGCCAGCCUGAUCUCCAAGCCCCUGCCACAGUGUGAGCGUCACAUGAACCAAGUCCAGCUGCUCUUUUGCGAGGACCACGGGGAGCCUAUCUGCCUCAUCUGCAGGCUGAGUCAGGAGCACCAAGGCCACUGGGUACGCCCUAUCGAGGAGGCCGCCCUGGAAUACAAGGAGCAAAUUCAGAAGCAGCUGGAGCAUCUGAAGGGGUUGAGAAAAUCUGGGGAGGAGCAGAGAUCCCAGGGGGAAAAGACGACAGCAGACUUCCUGAAAAAAACCGAAAUCCAGAAGCAGAGAAUCCAGUGCCAGUUGGAGCAGUUUUACCGGUUUCUGGAGGAGCAAGAGCAGCUCUUUGUGGCCUGGAUGGAGGAGCUGGGCCAAACCAUUGGCCAGGUCAGGGAGACACACGGCACCCAAGUGUCUAAGUACACCGCCCUUCUUGAUGAGCUGAUUGGGGAGCUGGAGACCAAGCAGUGCCAGCCGGAAUGGGAGCUUAUGCAGGACAUCGGAGUCACCCUGCACAGGGCCAAGAUGGUGACUGUCCCUGAGCCGUGGGCCACCCCUCCAGAGGUGAAAGAAAAGCUCCACCUGCUCUACCAGAAAUCAGAGUUUGUAGAGAAGAGCAUGAAGCACUUCUCAGAAACCUGGCGUUCAGAAAUGGAAACCUUCAAUGUUCCAGAACUGAUUGGUGCUCAGGCACCCUGAGGAGAGUGGCCUUGGCCUGCUGUAUCCUUGUGCUGUCCCCCAGUAUGUUCCAGAAGAAUGGCCCUGUCCAUGUUUCCUGGAGGCAGGGAGAACCCCGUGGGGAUGUUGCCCAUGGACCCCAGCUAGGUAUUCUAAUUCUCUCUGCAGUUAAUGUAAUUCUGGAUGUAGAAACCAGCCGCUCCAACCUCAUCUUCCAUCUACUCUGAUGACUUGAAGAGUGUGAGACCUGGAAACAAGUGGGACCGUCUGCCUGACAAUCUGGAAAGAUUCGAUAGCUGCAUCAUCACCCUGGGCUCUCUGAGCUUCCUUUCCAGCCGCUAUUACUGGGAAGUGGGGGUGGAAGACAAGACAGGGUGGGUCCUGGGCAUUUGGAAGGCGUCCAUGAGCAAGAAGGGAGCAGGACUGUGUCACCAGAGAAUGGCUACUGGGUGGUGAUGAUGACGAAGUGAAACGAGUACCAGGCAUCCAUUUUUCUCCCAACCUGCCUGUGGAUGAGGGAGCCCCCCCAGGCAUGUGGGCAUCUUCCUGGACUACAAGGCUGGAGACAUUUCAUUUUACAAUAUGAUAGACAAAUCCCACAUCUACACAGUCACCGAUUUCUCUUCCUCUGGGCCCCUUCAACCUAUCUUCAGCCCCAGGACACAAGACAGAGGGAAAAACAUGGAUCCUCUGGCCACCUACCCAGUGGGGUCAGGGGACCCAGUAAAUGCCCAACACUUCACAUCUCUCUUCUAGCUCCUGGCCUUGUAUCUUGAAUUCAUACACUUAACAGACAUUAUUGAACACCUACUGGGUUCCAGCUGCUGUGGGGAAUAUAAUAAAUAAGAGAACAGUCUCUGUGCCCAAGGAGCUUAUGGAAUAGUUGCAGAAGUAAGCUAGGUAUGCAAAUAUUGGUAAACCAAAGGUGAAGAGAACACAUGAACUGAUGACAUGCCAUGGAUUUCAGAGGAGGAAGUAUGUGGCUGUUACUUAAUAAAUCCUAGUAUGAAUUAGCACCCUAAGAUGCUCCUGCAGAGAUCCCACCCUCAUUUUCUCUCAGGACCCCAUGGCAAGGUUAUGUCCCUUCAUUCUAUCCUCCCCUGUCUUGAGGACUUGGGAAGCCUAGAGGAAAAACAAGCAGACUGGACUGUUACAAAAUAUUUUUGUACCUGGAUUAAUGAACUACGGUUCUUCAGAGUAUUGGCUGGGCCUCAUAAGUAAAUCACUUAGAAAAUUUGGUCAUCAUUGCAUUUGUUGUCACUCAGUUGAUCACUGUGAGAUCCCGUUUCCCUACUGAACACCAUGAAAGAGAUGGGGCUGCCGGAGUGGAAAACCAUUUGACACAUAUUCCAAGUGUCAGAUUAUUCUGUCCUGAUCUGUAUCUGAAAAACCUGUGGGCCUGUGGAAUAUUAGGUGUUCUGGUUUACAGAAGCCCUCUCUGUCAUCCUCCAUUUAGAGAGAUGUAAAGAGAAGGGACGUAAGAAAACAAAAAGAAUCAAAUGAAGAUUAAACUCCAACUCCUCUCUCCGUCUUCAGACUAGAACCUAGAUUGGACUCAGGUUCUCCAUAGUUGUUACCAGAGCAUGAAACACAUGCUUUGCUUUCUUCAUGGAGCUUUGUUCUACGUGCAUAAUCCACAUGCCGACACAGUUCAUAUGCCCAAUUUGCUUAGCUGUUCCCUAUGGUUUGUCAUUUGUUACCCCCAAUUCUUCCUUGCUAUAACCUUUCCAUGAACAGCUUCAUGUAUAUUUCCCACCACCUGCCCAUACACAUAUUUUUCUCAUAUUAUUUCUCAUAUUAUUUUCUCAUAUUACUACAUAUUAUUCCUAAAAUGGUUCCAGAAUGUGAACUAUUUGAUAGCACUUGCUAUAGCUGGUCAUACAGUCCUUCAGAAAGACUGAAAAACGUUUCAUGCCCAAAGCAAUGUUUGUCAUUUAAAAAUCUGUGCUGACUUAAUGCAGAUAUAGUGGGGUUUGACCUGUGUUUUAUUUCAUUACCUGUUAGUGAGGCUGUGAAUUUUUUCAUGUGAAUUUCUACUUUUUGCUUCAUUAUGCAGAAAUAGUACAGCUCUUUUGAUUAUUUGUUAUGUGGAAUCUAGAUAAUGAACUUAGUUGUUUGUAAUGCUUCUUCAUAAAUAUUUUAGAUACUAAACAUUUGUAUCUGUAA